UUUUAUGCACUAUACAGGGCGCAACCAUCAGGGCUCAACACAACAUAUUAGCACGGGUUUUCCAUAACAACCGAAAUAGCACGCUUUCAGAGUGUGGAAUUUCAGAAUCGUCGUUCCCCUGAGACACGAACUGUCACUUCAACAGGACAGGUGAGCAAUCAAAGUUUCUGAAAUAAGAGUCAUACAAAUAUUAUCAUGCUUCAAUCAAUAUAGGCCGACCUAAUUGUCUGAAUAAUGACGGAAAAAACAGUGAUUUUGGAGGGUCUGCCAGACGACCUAGACAAAAUUAGAUCCAAGUUGGAUUUGUACUUCAAAAACAAAAGGAGGUCUGGAGGAGAGGUAUUACAAAUUCAAGACUAUCCUGGGGACAAGAAGAAGGCUCUGCUCGUUUACCUCGAAGAUGCAUCUCUGCAGAAAGUGUUGGCUAAAAGAGAUCAUAAGAUAGAUUUUAAAAAACCCAUUGGGGUAGUUGAGCUUCAAGUGAAACUGAAAGAGAAUGGCGGUGAAACAAAAGUGAAGAAUGUUAAACCACCACUAUUACCAAAAAGAGACAAUCUGACUCUUGUGGGGAAAUCUGCACUCAACACCGAAGAAAAGCAGCCAGUGUCAGACAGUCAAGCAGAUUCAGUGGAGGAUAAGGAUAUUAAAGCAGACACAUAUACACUGCUUGUUAGAACCACCAAGGAACUCGAAAAGGAGCUCCUUAAAUUGUAUUUUGACCAGUUUGCAUCGGAAGAAGAAGGGGUCAGCAUUACAAGACAUGGCAAGAAUAGCUGGAUCCUCAAACUGUCCUUUCAGUCAGAUGCAGAGAAAGUCCUUGCCAAGAAGGAGCAUCACUAUGGCAUUUCUGUUGAGGUGUACAAUGAGACUGCUGUGGAAGGGAAACUGGACAACAGGCGCUUCGUCCUGACUGGGUUUAAUGAGAACUGCAAGUGCGACAUCAUCACUCUGUUCAUUGGCAGCUGCAGCCAAGGGGCUGAGCAUGCCUGGGAGACCCUGGACGAUGGAGACAGAGUAGUGGUCAGCUUCAAACAGAACAUUGACAUAAAGUCCUUCCUUAGGAAAUGUUCAUCAAAGAAGUUCCAGGGCAUGGAGAUCGGGGCGUGUCGUUUAGAGCUGACAGACUCUGUGCUUGUCCAGGGGGACAUGAGCCAAAUCAAAGGAGGAGUGGAGGAGGCCCUCAAUCUCUACUUCUCCAGCAAGAGGAGCAAAGGAGGAGAUAUCAAGUCCCAGAUCUGGGUUACCAAGGGCAAGAGCAUGGUCAUCACCUUUGAAGACUGUCAUGUUGCCUAUCGGGUGGCGGAACACAAGCAUCAUUUCGGUGGGGUGGACCUCAUAGCUCAGCUAUUCUACUCCAGUCUGCAGAAGGCGUUAACAGGGCAAACAGCCCCCCAAUCAGACAUCCCUUCUAACAUAGCCCUUUGUCUCAGUUCAGCACUUUUCGACUUCAUUAAAUGUGAUGAAGCCCGCAAGCAGGAUUUAACAACUGGACUACGUAAGGUCAAUGCUAGCGUCUCCUUCAAUAGGAUCACAGAACCCCCACAGAUGGAGCUGGACAUGACCAUGGAGAAGGAGUCCUUGGGCAUGCUCAGACUGGGCCCUAAAUGGGGAAGAAUUGCCCGGAGCGAGGCUCUGGCCUUGCUAGAGAAAUACAAAGAGGUUCAGCUGCCCACAGCGGUGGAGGUCUGGGAAAGGGUUGAGAAUAGUUGUCUUGGUCUCAAAUCCUCUGAUGCCAGCAUCUCUUACAAGAAGAGCAAUGGUGAGAUUGUGGUGGUAGGAGUGCAGAAUGAGGUGAAGACCCUUGUGGAGAAGAUUGAGCACAUGGUGAAGAAGGUCAGUGAUGAGCUUGAGAUGGAGAUGAACACAAUAGUAAAAAAGAUCUCACUGGACUCCAAAGAGAAGUUUGAGAUCAUCUGGGAUCUUGUCUCUGGCAAACUAGUGGACGUGGAGUUUUCCAAAGAUGAAGAAAGCUUCAUCAUAUGUCUAAAGGGUUUAGAGAACAAGGUGAGUACCGCAGAAGGUGUUGUCCAUGAGGCAAUGGGGAAUGUUGAAACCAGACUGCUUAAUGUAUCAGUGCCUUUGAUGGAGUUCUUGAAAUCUCUGGACCUGAAGAAGUUUGAGAGGAAGCAUUUUGCCCAGAACCACAUAUCGUCUGUAUUCCUCCUUGGUGACGGUUCCAUCCACAUCCUUGCAGAAAGAGCUGACAUCCAGAGAGCUGAAGACACAUUACAUGAGGUCAUCAAAGAGGAAGUCAUCAAACUCACACCAGACCAAGCCCAUGUGACCAAUGGCGAACAAUGGACACAGUUCUUUACCAUACUUAAUGGCGACCUCAAAUUCACCAGGAACAACCACAAUGUCAGCAUUUCCGUAACACAGGAGAAGAUUGGAGUCUGUGGAUUCUCCAGUGUGGUGGCAGAUGUGGCAGGGAAGUUGAGGGGAUACCUGGACAACAAGAAGCCGGAAACAGUGGAUGUCUCUCUCAAAUCUGUCCAGGAAGUAGAGUUUGUGGCCUCUUGCAUGAACCUCUCAGAGGUCCCUGAAAUCAAGGCUCUGGGCGUGACUAUACUGCCAUGCAAAACACUAGCAUCUCCUUGUCUGAAGAUCACGGCAGCGAGUGAUAAAAUCAAAGAGGCCGUAGAUGCAGUGAAACAGCAGGUCAGUACAAUUACAACGGAGAGGUACACGUACUCCAAAGCCGGAGAGUCCAAAGUCCUAGAGAAAAACCAAGUGGAUCUGCAGUCUAAGUUCAAGGAUUUAGGGUGCAAACUCUACCUAUCACCAGUGAUUACCCACUGUCAGAAAUACAGAUACAACAUUGAAGGUUGCCUCACUUUAACUGUUGGUCAGGGUAACAUCUCCCAACAUGCUGCAGAUGCAUUGAUCUGCCCUCUGAGCAGCAAUCUGUCCUUUGAUACUCCGAUCGCCAAGCAGUUCCUUCAGAUUGGUGGGCCUGAUAUCAGGAAGGUGUUUGACAAGUUCCUGAAGGAGAGGCAGACUCUACAGCCAGGAGAUGUGGUCUUGUCCAACCCAGGCACCCUUGGAGCUCAGCACCUCAUCUAUGCAGUGAUUCCAGUAUGGGGGAAGGACACCUCAACUCUUAAAAAGAUCAAUCUACAGUCGACGGUCCAGGACAGUUUACUGAAAGCAGACAUCAAGAAGUGCGUCUCCAUAUGGAUGCCAGCGAUGGGGUGCGGUACCUUUGGUUUUCCCAUCACAGAGAGCUGUGCAGCAGUUAUCAAGGGAGUCCUUGGUUUCAUUAAACAGAAACCCCAACACCUGAGGAACAUAUUUGUGAUAGACUCUGAUGCCAAGAUAGUGGGGGAGUUCCAGUCAGCCAUUGAAGGAGAGGGUUAUCGUCGACAACAAAUAACCAACGAAACAGCAACAGGCACAACUCCAACUGCUCCCUCUGCAGCCGCUGCCCCACAUAACACACAUCCACCACCCCCCCUAGUGGCUAAGCCAGGCUUAGACAUCAAAGUGAUUAUUAGUGGAGUGUCAGUGAUCCUGAAGAAGGGAGACAUCACCAAAGAGACCGUGGAUGUCAUAGUGAAUUCCAACAACCAUCAUCUGAAUCUUAAUUCUGGUGUGUCUGGAGCCAUCCUAAAAGAAGCUGGGAAAUCAGUAGUGGGUGAAUGCAGAAGAAUGGUACAAUUACUUGGUGUCCUGAAGGACAAUGAUGUUGUGCUCUCAUGUGGUGGGAAACUGAACUGUCAGAACAUAGCUCAGAUAGUUGGGCCCAAGAAUGCUGCAGAUAUCACUACCUCCAUAGAGAAGGUCCUUAAUCAGUGUGAGCGCAGGAAGGCAGUCACAGUGUCCAUUCCUACUAUUGGCACAGGGAAAGGUGGCAUUGAGCCUAAAGAUUCUAUCAAGGCCAUACUAAAAGGACUGGAGAGGCACAUAUCACAGAUGCCUUCAUCCAGCAUCAAAAUCAUCUUCAUAGUGGCCUUUGAGCAAAAGAUCUUUGACCUCUUGAGAGAUUACUUUAACGAAAGGAACCUGGGCCCACACAAAAUCGAGCAGGCAAAGGCUGCAUCAACAUCUACACCUUCUCAGUCCAGUCUUCCCCCAAAUCAAGUUAAAAUCCAUGGUGUCAGAAUUGAAGUGAGGAGAGGCGACAUCACUCAAGAAACUGUCAGAGGCAUCGUGAAUACCACCAACUCAAGUAUCAGCUUAACAAGAGGAGUUAGUGCUGCGAUUCUCAAAGCAGCUGGGAGCGCAGUUGAACAGGAGUGCAAAACCAUUUGCCCUCUGAGGGCUGAUGCAGCAGGGGUGACCAGUGGAGGGGCCCUGCAGUGUGACUUCAUCCUCCACAUGCUGGGGCCCCACUCUGUGGCUGACACUACACUACGAGUCACCAAGGUGCUGAAGUGCUGUGAGGACAAACAGAUCACAACCGUGUCCUUCCCUGCUGUGGGCACUGGAGGUGGCGGCCUUAAUGGUGCAGACUCCAUGGGUGCCAUCCUCCAAGGCAUCCAGGAUCAUCUAUCACAGUGCCUCGUUCCUACCAUCAUCAAACUGAUCUACAUUGUCAUCCACGAGGACAAGGUCCUGCAGGAGUGUCAGCUGGGGCUCAACCAGUGGAAGACUAGACAGAUGAUUCUCAACCAGGAUGAAGAUGAUCUUUGUAGUGAUGAUGAUGACGAUCACAGUGACUCUGAGGAUGAUUUUUAUGAUGAUGACACCAGCUCUGGGGAAGAAGACGGCGGCGGUGGUCAGACAGGAAACACCAUUGAAGCAAUAAUUGGGUCAGUGAAGGUCAAGGUGGUAUGUGGGGACAUCACUCAGGAGAAAACGGACGCCAUCGUCAGCAGUACAAACUCAAGUCUCGAUCUGAACUCAGGCGUUUCAGGAGCCAUUCUAAAAGCAGCUGGACAGUCGGUUGUGGACGAGUGCAAAGCUUUAGGGACCCAACCCAAUGAUGGUGUUGUCAUGACCAAACCUGGAAACAUCCAGACCAAGCACAUCAUUCACAUGGUGGGGCAGACCAAGGAGAAGGAGAUCACCGGCUCCAUGCUCAAGGUGUUGAAGAUGUGUGAAGACAAGAAAAUCCAGUCGGUCUCCAUCCCAGCACUUGGAACAGGUGCUGGUAACUUGGGAGCAGUGGAGGUUGGGAAUGCAAUGUUGCACGCAAUAACUGAGCUACAGAAAACCAUCGGAACCCCAUCGGUUAAAACGAUUCACAUUGUUAUAUUCCAAACCAAGAUGAUGAAGGACUUUGAUGAGGUUAUGAAAAAGUUCAAAAAGUUGACACCCAAGACUGCUGCCAAACAGUUAUCAAAAACGGUCAAAAAAAACACACCAGCCCAGCCUGCUCCUACCAAACCAGCCCUGUGUUUGGCCAGCGCCACAGCAGCGGUGGUCUUCCCCAGUAUGGAGGCUGAGGUGUACGGGCCCUCCCCUGCCAGCCUGGCUCAGGUGAAGAAACUUCUGGACGAGCUGCUCUCGGAGGAGUGCGUUAGCCAGGACCUGCUCUCCAGCCACCUGCCCCUGCUGCUGGAGCCGCAGAAACACGCCAUCGUGGCCCUAAGCCAGAAUAACCAGGUCCGUGUCCUGGUAGCAUCCCCAAACAAAGUCACUGUAUCUGGGAAGAAAGACAACGUUUUUUCCGCUGUCCUCCAGAUUAGGGACUAUCUGCUGGGGGCGAGGGACAGGGAGAACCGGGAGGGAGAGGAGAAGAGGAUGAGGGAGACGGUGCGCUGGGAGGCCGGGGAGGGAGAGGCCUGGGGAGAGCUGGACCAGAGUCUCAGCUAUGACCUGGAGCUGGCCUGCCACAGGAAAGACAAGAGUUUUAAAUAUAACCACCAGGGGGAGACAUUCACUGUUGAUCUGAGCAGAAUGCAGCAGACUGACAGCAAAGGGACCAUCACCUGGGUCAAAAGGAGCCUUGUGGCAGACUCUGACACAGCUGUCAUUCAGUUCCCACGUAGCUGGACCAGAAUGGACGGCAAGGAUCUGGAGAUAGUCACACUGGCUCCUAACUCAGGGGAGUACCAGAGCAUAGAGAAGGAAUUUGUUGCAACCUCCAAGAAACCAAAUACUAAAACACAAUCAACCGUUCAGAUUGUCCAGAUCCAGAGGAUUCAGAGCAAGGACCAGUGGCAGAGGUACGCAGUGAAGAAACAGGCGUUGGAUAAGAAGUAUCCUAAAAACAAGAAUGAGCUGAACCUUUACCAUGGCACCACCAAAGACAUCUGUCAGAAAAUCAACGCCUGUGGUUUCAACAGGAGCUUCUGUGGGAGAAACGCUACUGUUUACGGGGAUGGGACCUACUUUGCCAAAGAGCCGUGGUACUCGUGCCAGGAUGCCUACUCCAACCCAGAUGCCAGUGGGCUAAAGUACAUGUACCGUGCCAGGGUGCUAGUGGGUAAUCCCUGCCUAGGGGUGGGGGGCAUGAAGGAGCCGAACCCUCUGAACCCUACUGAUUUCCAUCAGGGCCUGCAUGACUGUGCUGUCAAUGACCUGCAGAAUCCCUUUAUUUAUGUGGUGUUCUGUGAUGCAGGGGCCUACCCCGACUACCUCAUCAGCUUCAACACUGUCUGAGAGAGAGAGGCACCUGUUGGCCUUUUCUUUAAAGAAUACAGCACUGAAACGCCAAUACUGGAAAAUGUAACAUUUGCACUUUAUAAACUGUAGAAACUACACUAUAUAUACAAAAGUAUGUGGACACCCCUUCAAAUUACUAGAUUUGCGCUUUCAGCCACACCCAUUGCUGACAGGUGUAUAAAAUCGAGCACACAGCCAUGCAAUCUCCAUAGACAAACAGUGUCAGUAGAAUGGCUUUAC